AUGGCGUCGCCCGAGCCCAACGGCUGGUCGUCGUACAAGUCGGCGCCCGACGGCCCCAACAAGCUGGACGAGUGUGGGUGCGGGCUCAUCUACCAGACGAUGCUCCGAUGCCAGAAGCUCAAGGGCGUCAACAGCGGCGUCCGGGAGUGCGUCUGCAUCCCGAACCCGGACGGGUGGUAUGGGUGGAUGGACGGCUGCCGGGCGUGCCUGUCGCCCGGGUCGUACGAUAGCCAGGACUUCUUCGACAACCUCUCGCGCACCAUCACCCAGCUGUUCGUCUCGUGCACCGAGGUGGGCGGGGGCAUCACCAGCGACGGCGAGAGCAUCUGCGCGAGCAAUGCCUACUUUGAGGCCUGCGCGGCGCUCAAGACCGACGGGAAGACGAGCUGGGCGAGCUACGACGCCUUUUCUUCCAACGGAGCCUUUGCCUCGGGAGAGGGCGGUAACGGGACGUAUGUCCUGAACAUUUCCGAGGAUCAGGAAUCCGCGUCAGCAACACCCUCGAGCUCGGGCACGGCUAUCACGCGGCCAAAAUCGGAGACAUCGAAGACGACGACGGCAUCAACAACAACGACGACGGAGACGACGCCGAGUGCUACCGAGGGCUCGACAACGGCGACCGAAGCGUCUGUGACUUCUGCUAGCGGGACCACCGUGGCAACAACGUCUGGAUCGGCCACGGCCACGACAACCCCAUCAUCCGCUAUGGGUCACACGGGGUCGAGAUCGCAGGCUGAGCAUCUCAUGGGUUUGCUACUCCUCGCGGCUGUGGGAGUUGCGCUGAUUUAA